AUGGUCAAGAAACGCGGAAUGAUAUUUGUCACUUUUUUUGACUCAAGAGCUGCCGAACGCGCCAGAGAUGGAAUGCACGGUAUGAAAGUCAACCGGCGACCGAUCGAUGUUCAUUACAGUCUGCCUCGACCUGAGGAGAUAGCCACAGCUUGCAGUGCGGACAAAAAUCAAGGAUCCAUACUCAUUGUCGCUCACCCUCCUCGCCCUCUCAACUUGAGCGAUGUACGGCGCAUGGCUGAGAGAUACGGGGAUAUCAAAGACGUGGAACGCGGACACAAGCCCUUAGAGGUCGUUGUGGAAUACUUUGACAGCCGUGGCGCAAUCCUCCUGCAGCAACAUAUGAACCGUCAAGUGUUCAUGGGAGUCGAAUUGGAACUUCGUCAUAUCUGGGACAAAGUAGGCAACAACGUCCCUCCCCCUCCUGUCUCGGAAAGGAUUCCACGGACAUCUCAUGUUCAUGAUCGUCCAGCCCGCGAGCCGCUGCGUAGAGACUCAUACCCGAGUGCCAGGAGCCGAGAAUACAGCAGAGAGAGGUCGCCGGGAAUUCGUGACAGACGAGCUUCGUUCCCAUCUGGCUUUCAUACUUCCUCUGGGCCCGGGGAUCGUUCGCUCCCCACUCCUGUUGCUGAAGACGCUCUGGAGAAAGCUCGCAAGGUGCAGGCGCUGAUACAAAACCUUUCCAAUGUGCCUUCCGUUGUGUCUACAGCAGUAAAUCCCACCUCCAGAUAUCAACCCGCGUUGGCCCCGCCCACCCAUCCUCCUUACCGCGCUAUGGGAGCAGCAGCAGGGUAUCCUCCCUCACCUUCUUUCUAUACCACCGCCGCCACGCAGUCCUUCCCGCCUUAUCCUUCACCGUCUUCGGCGUCCACCACGACCAACCUCUCGUAUCAGAACCAGGUGUUCAAAGCUCCCCCGGCCGCAUCUCCCUAUGGGCAAAGCCCCAGCAGUUAUCCAUCUCCUCCGACCUCUUUCGCUGCCCCAAGUUCGAAUGCUCCACCUCCGAGCUCUUACGUGCCAUCAUCAAACUCCCACGUAGCGCCUCCUGUGCUAAACAACACAUCGCCUGAUGGACCGACAGGUGUACAAGAUGUCAGCUCUCUUCUGGCUAUGUUGUUGGCCGUUUAA